AUUUCUUUAAUUAUUCCUGUUUCAAAUGCUACAGUUGAAAGAGUUUUUUCUCAACAAAAUCUUAUAAAGACCCGGCUUCGUAAUCAAAUAAAUAUUGAUACACUUAAUGACUAUUUAAUGAUAGCUCUAAAUGGUCCCUCUAUUGAUUCGUUUGAUUUUGAAAAAGCUUUUGAGCAUUGGUCAUUAAGAGAACAUAGAGUUUGA